AUGACCCUACAAGGACUCGAAUGUGUGGGGCUCAUCCAUGAGAACCCCUAUAAUGGAAGGAAGGUUGCGCUAAUGCGUAAUAGAAAUGCCGACUGUAGUCGCCACGAGAAAGUCAUAGCCAAGAUUUGGCCCAAUGCUCAUCUUGAUGCGACUCGACAAGCCUUGGGCACUCGAGACGUUGAAAGUCGCAUGAAAAAACUGGUGGUCGAAGAUGCUGAAAGGGAGUCGAUACUCCUAUCGCAGCUGGCUGAUGACGGUAGUGGCUGUGCGGUACGGCCCUUGAAGACGUUUACGUGCCAACCUGGCUCUGAGCCGGUACUGGUCAGCACUGGUUGCCAGUCCGGAGCUACGUACUUCGUGAGGGAGUAUUGCAACUAUGGAGAUCUCAGCCAGUAUGUUACUCGCUGUCAAGACAUGUAUCAGAUUGAAGGCAGUCGCUUGGGCCUCAGAUGGUAUCUUUCAGCCAAGGAAGCUGUCAGACAAGCCAUCGAAUGUAUCAAGUGUGUUCACGAUGCAGGUUAUGCCUUACUGGAUGUCGAUACGAGCCAGUUCGGGGUUAUGGACUUCCGAGGUUACGGCUCUGGCCUAGAGCUCGAUGGUCCGCAGCCCAUCCAGGUCAAAAUCAUUGAUGCUGGACAAGCUACAGGUCAGAACUCUGGUGAAACGACUUCCCAGUUCUAG